AGCCUCUCACCAUUACGAGCUUUGGCUGUCUAAGUCUGAAGCAAGAAACAGAAAUAUUUUACAGGGAAAAAUAACAACGAGUGGCUUCCAAGAAUCUGUAUCCUGAAUCAUGAGAUAACAUGGACUCUUUGAGGUAUUAAAAUUUAGGGUGAAUGAUAUCUUUUCGUGUUAAGAGGUUAUAGUUACACUACAGGAUGAUUUAUUACUGUGUAUGCUUCAAUCUUCUUGAGUUCAAUACACCACAAUUUAAGGCCAUGUAUGAGGUACUUUGCAAUCAUGCAACGAUCUAUUGGGUAUAAUUAAACUUAAAUCUUCGAAGAACUACACUUAUCACGUGCAUAUAUGUACAGAAGCAGUAGAUCAAGCGUAAAUCUAGCCCGUCGUUGACGAAACCAUCAGCUUCAUCUGCAUAUCAUAAGCUUUUUGAAGUCAAGUUUACACCGAAGCUCAAACGCCUGUACGUGGAGCUUUUCUUGUGGUUGUAUGCUGUACUAUACAGCAUUUUCUUCAUGUUAUAUAAAGCUUACAGAUGUAAACUUAGGCUGUGAUUGCAGGCGACCAUGACCAGAGUAGCCUGCAAUCCUAAUCUCCAGGCCCCAGUUGUUCAAAAGUUGGCUGCGGAUAUAGCGCUAUCCAGCGAAUAAAUCACAAUCCAAUGGAAGAGUGUUAGGGAAAGCAAUUGCACUAUCCACUGGAUAUUGAUUUAUCCGGUGGAUGGGCUAUCUAUCCACCUUUUGAACAGCUGGGGCCUGUUCAAUAAUAAUUAUUGAACAGGCCCUAGCUUAUUGUUAUUCCACAGGUGUAGCACAUUUAAAGCCAGUGUUUUUGGACAAUCUCAUUCCCACUACACUUUUAAGUUUCUGGUCGGCUUUCAGUAACAGGAGUAGAUCACGCAAAAUUCAGCUUUUAUCAGUUUCAAAGCUUUUUGUUUUUUGUUGUCAUAGUGAUAUACGAUUUUACUAAAAACUGCAUUUUGACAAGCUUCAGUUCAUAGUCAAUCACUGCUGAAAAUUUCAUAGCGAUCAGACAGGGAUAAAAUCACUUUUAAGGCGAAUGAAAAAUAUUGGUACAGUCUCCAAAAAACUGUACCGAAACACCUUUCCUUAAGUAAUUACACUGACUGGCAGAUAGCAAUUGCUAAUACAUACCUUACAAAAAUAUGUGGCGAAAUGUUUGCAUGACAAACAAAAAUUUGGCUUGGCCAGAGGGGUGACCUGGCUAGGCAUGGUAGGGACCUGUCCCUCCCCUAAGCUAACAUUAACACUUAAUUCUCACUUUGGGAAAAGUGAUGGGUAGGGGUAGGUGGGCAGUUUCCCAGAAACCUAACUGAUCUGGUAGGGUCACCCUUCUAGCUGAGUCAACUUUUCUCCAUAUAAACAUUUUGGCUCACCCAGUGGGGUCAACUUGGUCAAGAUGAGACAAUCAGAGCAUGUGCGAGUAUUGUUUUAGACAGUCAGAGCAUGCAUGAGCGCUGUUGGCACAGGCAUUAAAGGGGUCAACUUUUUUCUCAUAUAAAAUGUUUGCGAAAGUUGACUCAGCUGAGAGGGUGACCCUCUUUCCCAGGAAAACUUGUUUUUGAUAUAACUGGGACUCAGUUAGCAUUUUACCGUUUCUUUCUUGACAGGAAAAGGGUUGGAAACUUUAUUGCUGGUACAGACACAAGUCAGUCUCAAUCAACUGAUCAACAGUCUAAGCAGGGCAAACAUACCCCUCUCCCUGUGGAUCCCUACUACUAUCCUGGACUGAGGUUUGCCUUUCACUUUGUCACUGUUGAUGUCACUACUGUUGGACAAAGUAAGUACUAAAUGGUUGGUUUUUAUGCAACAAAGAAAGACCUCUUCAUUGAUAGAUACAUUAUGAUCAAUGAAGAUAUGGAACUCUUUGAACAAUGAAUUAACACUAAGUAGAGAUGUUUUAAGCUUCAAACGAAAGCUCUGAAGUAAGCUACUUUGCUCUGCAUAGAACUUUAUAAAUGAUGUUUCUUGUAUUUUAUGUCUGAUCGUAUAUAGCAAUUAAUUUUUAGUUCUUAGAUAAUUUUACCAAUCCACUUUUUAUAUAAUUAUUUACUGUACUCCAUUUUGUUUGUAUUUAUUAUACUUUUUGUAAUUAUCUUUAAAAAGCCUUGUUUAAGGAAAGAUAAUAAGGGAUGUAUGUAUGUAUUUAACUGUUUACUUGGUGAAAUGUUUUAGAUUCUAGUUCUUAGAUUUCAGAUUUUUUUCUUUUACUUUUUGGAUGUCAUUUAAUUAUAUGGGGGUUACCCUCACAAUAUCACAAUCAAGAGGUUUUUUUUUUCUUUUAAAUAAAGUAUUGUCAUUUAUAAUUUGUUUGUUAUCAUUUUACAUUGUGGGUCUUUCUUCAUUGGGAUAGGGCUAUCGGGGGGUAUAAUUUCAGGUCUUAACAGUGACUGGGCUACAUGUAUUUUUUAUUAUUUUUACCUUAGAAUUAUAUUGGUUAUAGCUAAUCCAAGGUAGGGUAAGGAUUUUUGGUGCCCAGCCUAGAAUUCUUAUUUUAUUCAAUAUGAAUGUGGUCUUGUAUGGGCUAAGGAUUUUAAGGAGUGUCAGUGGCAGACGAUAAAAAAAUACUACCAACACAUGCCCAGGUAGACUGUGAAUUGAUUUGAAAGAUCUGUGAGACAGUUGUUGCCAAAUGUUAACAACCUAGGUCGCAUGGUUUUGUUUGUCAAACCAACAACUAAGGUGGCCAAGUCAAACAAAAGCAUUCUCUGUCAACCCAAAAUUACACAUUUUUGCAACGUACCUGACAACAAAAUCAACUGUCAUACAUGGCAAUGAAUUCACAGUCUACCUGUUUCGGUAGUGCUCAAAUGUCUUACAGUACAAACCAAUGUUUACUUGCCACUCACUGUCUAAUUCAUUUUCCCAUAUUUCUUAUCAGUAAUUUAACGUCUGCAUUUUCUUUUGAAAUUACAUUAUAACAGAGACUCGGUCUCUAUCCUACUUGUUCGAGUCAAUUAUGAAUCAAAUCCUAUUUUUCUGGAUGUUAUAGCUACUUUUGGCUUAGUAUCUGGACAAACAAAAGUCUCCUCAGAUGUAACAAGCAAGUAUGGCAAACUCAGUGAACCAUAUCUGCAAGGCUUUGUUCUGGAAACAUUCAAGGCAGUUCCAGGUGUUGGGAAGACUGGAUGGAAUGCAAGUGAGACACCAUACCAAGGAAUUUUUUCCAGGCCCCAUGGGUAUGGCAUCAAAAUUAAAAAUGAUGGCAUCUGAAAUGCAAAAGAAGCUCCCAUUAGGGACCACCCAAAAUGCAAAGAUUUAUUGGCCGCUUGUGGAAGGUGGUCCCUUUAUGCAGGAAUGGAGCAAUAGGAAGAACACAUACUGUAAAAUUCCAAAAAUAAGCCCCUCCAUGUAUAAGCCCUCCAAAUAUAGGCCCCCCCAAUCCAGUGGUCCCUUUAUGCAGGAAUGGAGCAAUAGGAAGAACACAUACUGUAAAAUUCCAAAAAUAAGCCCCUUCAGGUAUAAGCCCUCCAAAUAUAGGCCCCCCAAUCCAGUAACACAAAAAACCCUCCGUUAAAUCGCCCCUCAAAAAAUAAGCCCCUCAAAAAGGGCCUUUGAAAGAUAUAAGCCCCUGGGCUAAUUUUCGGAAUUUUUAUGGUAUGCAUUUUGGAAGAGAAUUCAAUACAAGUUAUGAUAUGUGUAGUUAAUGUUGUUUCUAACUAAAAGUUCUUCUCAUACUCUGACUAGUGUAUAGUUUCAGCAAACAUACAUGUAAGGAGAUCAAAACGUGCCCUUAUUGGUGACUUAAUUACAGGAGGAUAAAAACAAUGGAAAAUUCUAAAAUUAAACCAUUUUCCAAAAGGUGGUUGUGGUCAUUUACGAGAGGAGGUCACACUCAGAGGUUCUACUUUAAUAUCAAGGCAAAGGAUUGCCAAGGACUUGUAAUGUUUAUUUGAAUGAGCAGGAUUUUCAGUCCACAAAUUUAAAAGUUAGAACUACAUAAUUAAAUUUGUGUUGUCAGGGUGCAAAGAAAAUCAUUUUUAUAGCUAAUUGCCAUUUGGGCAAGCUGAAGCUAGCAUUUACUAGUGAUCAUCAUUAGCUAGACCCAAAAGCUUUUUGACGAUCAGAAUUGAUUUCACAGUUCUUCCUUUAUUCGAAUUGCUCAAAAGACAUCACUUGCCCAUUGGGCAAGUUAAAAACAGAAUUCACUAGCCCGAUAACAAAAUCCACUAGCCCUGGGUUAUCGGACACUACUUUCUUUGCAUGCUGGUUGUCAUCACGUAAUUACUAUUUCUCCAGGAUGUACAGUUUAUGCCAAGUUCUCUGAUCUAGUUGCCAAUGAUUUUUUUAAAAAAAUUCCUCUUGUUCAGAGCCCCUGUUUACCACUCUUGGCAGUUAUUAGUGGUGAAGUCAAGCAUCCAAACUGUAGAGCGAGCAGGGCUUUUGAAUCUCUCUACUCGGAGCAAUGAAGUUGCAAAUCCGUCAGGGAUUAUUUCAGUGGUGAGUAGUGUUCAAUCAGCCUCAUUCCCAAUAAGUACUGGCCCAAAAUACAAGAACCUAUUUUGCCAGAUUUCAAAAAAGUAGGUUCUUAUUAUCGGGUGUUUACUGUAUUACAAUGACUCACUCUUUUAAACAAUAAACAAUCUAAAAAGUAUUCACUAGUUCAUUGGAAAUGUGUAAACUUUAUGAAUUCUGUGCUGAAUAAAGUAUCUAUUAUAUCUAUCUAUCUCUCUAUCCAUCUAUCUAUCUAUCUAUUAUUAUUAUUAAUUAUGAAAUUUAUUUAUUCAUUUUCCUGCUAAGAAUUCAUUUUGCUAGAGGCAGCUUAAGGUUUAGUGCAAAUUCUUUCUUUCUUCUUCUUGAGCAAAAUUUUUCUAAUUAAAAAUUAUGAAUUUUUUUAAAUUGAAAUUAAGUGUUUUUUAAUCAAAAGUAAUUGUAAUUAGUGCUUGGACUGAAUAGUUCUUUUAGGUGAAAUUAAUUGUAAAUAGGAUUUUGUAGUUAGCUUUAAUUGUUAUCAAUAAAAGAUUGUUUUUAUUUAAAUUAUUUUUUUUUUCCCUGCUAAGAAUUCAUUUUGCUACAGGCAACUUAAGAUUUAGUGCAAAUUCUUUAGCAACUAUUUCAUUAGAUAUGCUGUAACUAUCUGAAGGUAUAAUACGAAGUUAAAGAAACACAAAGACUGUGAUUUUUUUACAUAUUUUUGAUUUGCAACUACUGUAAGUUAGUAAUUUUAUUGUCAACUUGGUAAUAAUAAUAUGAAAAUAAUAUUUUAAAAUGGGAAAGUUUUUCUAACUCUCUCAUUCUGUUUUAAUAAGCUAAUUAUUUCGCUGACUUAUUUAUUAUAGAUUGCUCAAUAUUGCAAGCAAGGUGGCCGUUUAGUGUGUGUGGAGCUAUCUGGACAGAAACAAAGUGCUGGAAUGCUAGCAUCAAUUGGUGGUAAAAGCGAAGGUAAAAACAGUGGCAAUGCAGAUUAGAACAAGUCAUUAUAAGUAAUACGUCCAUAGUCUUUGAAUCAUAAAAUUUUAAAAAUCUAUGUGAAGACUUCACAUAGAAGAAGAACAUUUUGAGAAAUUAUAUAUAGUUACGCCUGAUGCAGUUUGAGGUUCUUUUCACUUGUAAAAUUACAGGUAUUUAUGUGACAAAUAAAAAAAUGUUUCAUUUUCCUGAAUGCCAUGUUUAUAAGAUCUCCAUGUAGCCUAUGUUUUUUUCUGUUGCUUUUUUCUAUUUGUAUUAUUUAUAAUCCACUUAUAGUCAAACCUGAAUUAAUCAGACAUCCUGGGAUUCUUACAAAUAGCUAGUGUCUAUUUAGUGAAAGUCAAUCCCAUUCCUCUUAGAAAUUGCUUCAAACAUAAAUUUUUUGUUGUCAUUUAGGACCCCUUCCAUGGGAUGUAUGAUUCCAACCGAUUUAUUAUUAAUAUUUAUCAGAGUAUAAGGUAAUGGAAAUUUUAGAGGUUUGUGUUAAAAAAUUAAACUUUAGGGUUUGACACCUGUUAACUUCCGAGUCCAAAAAGAAAGUUAAUUUUCUAAACCCCGCUAUGGACGGGACACCUGUGUCCAAUAAAUGGGGUUGGACUCCCGGGACACCUCGUUAUAUACAGACAGUUCCCUUUGCCCCAUUUCAGGGGAAAGAAAGCCCUCCACUUUUGUACAUUUUUUCUAAAAAUUCAACCCAAGCUGUAAUAUGGAACGGAGUAUAAAAAUUGGCCCAUUUCUAACGGGUAUCAGUGUCCAUAUAAAAAAUGGGGUUGGACUGUUGGGGAAAAUCUUUCAGCCCAGUCAUCCCAGAAGUAUGAAUGGAGGGGGAUGGAUGACAAUGUCUUGUUCAUAAUUUUCAGUAUAUGGCUGUGAUGUGUUCUUUAACAUGCCACGUCAUCCAAACCCCACACUGUACACAUACCAGCUUGUGAAUGUUCCUGUUCAAGUCAUGUACCUUGGACCAGGAAAACUUGUCAAGGUCACCUGUGAUUGGAUGGGACACUUUGCGCAACAUCUGCGGCAGGGAUGGAAAUUGACAGAUAUCUUUUGGGAUCAAGGAAAAAGGAGUCAUGGAGGUGAAUGCUCUCCCUUUUUGACUUUCUUUUAGUUUCCAGCAUUGCAUUAAUAUUAUUAUUUUAUUAAAAUAAAAACACUAUACCACUGCUCACCCAAACAAAACCCAAAGAAAAUCAUUUUUACAGCUGCCAUUCGGGCAAGCUGAAGCUAGCAUUUACUAGCCCAGACGUCAUUUCAACUAGCCCCAAAAACUUUUCGUCGAGCUUCAUCUUCUGUUUUUCGAAUUUAAAGAUAAUAAUGAUAAAAUUUCACUAGCCCGAUAUCCACUAUUACACUGCAAAAUGAUUCAUUGUCACUGUCCUUAGAAAAUAAUAAAAUUAUUAUUAAAUUAUUAUAGGGGUUCACUGUCCUUAGAUAAUUUUGUGUCCUCAAAAUAAUUAUAUUCAUUCUCCCCCCACCCUGGGGGGGGGGAGUUUAUUACUUUGAACCAUACCCACCUCCCCUAUGAAAAUUAUUAUUUGGGUUCAUUCUUUCCUUUUCAAAUGUUGGCCAUUUUGUUCUGUCCAAAAUUGCAGUCUAACACAAAAUAGAUGGAAAUUUCUACCCCCCUUCCCCAAAGCUAUUAAGCCUUAAAGCAAUCUUAUCUAUCAGUCAGAGAGCCUAAUUGAAUGGAAUGUCUGAGAAAAAAUUCCUGGUGACAAAUGUCAUUGUCAUUACCUUGUCAAAGAAUCAUACUUACAACUAAAAAGUAUUGUGAUCUUCAUUAAUUGUUUAAGUUAAGAAUCUUCUAAAUGGCAGCUCCUCUUAAAAAAAAAAAGUAAUGGGACAAUUGCACUUUGACGAUAUUUGACUACAACUACCAGAAUUCAUUUCGCUUUUGCUUUGUUAUUUACUAGUAAAUUUGUCAAUCCCGCUUAGGAUUAAAGAACAAUAGCCUUAAUUUGCACUAGAAAACAACAAACUCAAGGAUUCUGGUAGUUGUAGUAAAAAUGACGUAAUCGUGCAAUAUUAUUGUCCUAUUAUCUUGAAUUCAUUUUCUUCGUAGAAUUUUCCUUGUCUGGUGAUUACAAUUCAGUGUGGUUUUUUGAGAAGGAAUGUUCAAGAAUGCAUACACCAGUUUAUGAAGGCACCAUCAUUGAAUAUCAGCAUACUGUGAAGGUAAGUAUUAUUAAUUUGAAAGAAAGGUGCCAGGCAUAUUAUUAGGGACCUUAAGAUACAUUGUUUCUUCUUACGGGUACAGGUAGGUGUCACAUGUUAUAUAAAGGGCAUCCGUGAUGUCCCAGAUGUAAUUUGUAUAAUGGCAUCACCAUUCUAUCUGGAAGCCUAGCUGUUUCUCCGGGGUAAUUAAAGAGGUAAUCUACCCAUAUUUACGGCCAUGGGUACAGUCAAUGGUCUAAAUCCACUUACAAUCUCUGAAUUUUUUUUAGUUUUGCUAAUAACUUCAAUCUGUAGCCAUUGACAGUGUCUUGAAAGCCUAUUCCCCUGCAGACAGAUAUGGGCCAUAAAUUGAUUUUUAUGAUUUCGUAAUAUCUUUCAGAUUGGAUUUUUUGAGACAAAGGCCAAAGGUGACUGGACACCAAUGAUAACAGAGAUGGGAAACAGAGGCUGGGAGCUGGCAUGCAUGUUAGAGACUCCAGAAAUCACAAAAAUAGGACUGGGCAAUGUAACCUUUAAACUGUUGUUUUUCUUUCAAAGACGCAUCAUGCAAGGUCAGCCUUAUGCAGGCUACCCCUCAGUACCUCCCCAAGGAAUACCAGGAGGAUAUGGACCUCCUCCCCCUGGGGCACAGUAUCCUAUGGCAGGGCAAGCAGCAGGUUAUUAUGCUCCCCCGGGGCAUGCUACUGCUGCACCCCCUCCUGGUGGGUAUCCAAAUUAUGCCCCACCCCCAUAUAGUGAUAGACCAGAGCCAAGUGCACCCCCGCUCCCUGAAAAACAAUGAAUUCUAUGAAUUCACGAGUAAUCACACUGCACCAAAGGUAACCAAAGUGUACAAGCUUCACACAUUACCAUAUCUCUCUCUAUAAUUUCAUGGUUUUGAUGUCAUGGAAAAACUAACAGUUGGUCUUUAAAGGGGCUGUCCCGCUAUUUGCUAUGUUUUUAAAAAGCUACAGGAUAACGUGUCUUCGCAUCAAUUGAAUUUCAAAAAUAAUGGUCCAGUUUUGUUAUUUCAGACUAUAUUUAAGCAUUGAAACUGUUUCCUGUCAUCCGUUGCAACAGAUGGCAAAGUGGAAAUGGAUUGAAACUUUUUUUAACAAGUUUUCAAUGCUAAUGCUGUUGUUCCCUGAUGAAGUUAUUUUGUUUGGUAUCUUCUUAACUUUACAGGAGCAUUUCGUGUUUUGGUAUUAAAAGGCACUAAACUUAAUGACUUAUAGUAUAGAAUCGACCUUAAAAAAAACAGGAAUACAGUAAAAUCCCACGAGUAAGAACCUAAGAUUUAAGAACCUGUUAGGCUAAAAUUUGCAAUUUAGACCCCCUCUAUAUAUUAAGAACCUCUUUUAUAGCCUAAAAUUUGGAGAAAGGUUCUGAUUUUCAAAAGUCAUUUAAAAAUAUUUACUAAUUGCAAUUGCAAAAGUGAAGUUAGUACAUAUAUAAAUGUUGUUUGAUUGAGGUCAUUGAGAAAAUGUUUAUAAUAUUGUGUUUUACAGCACAAUCAUGUAUAUAAAGUUGUUUUGACUCAAAGAAAUUAAAAUUCAUGUGAGAACAGAUCUCUAUUAUGGUCAUAUAAAAUAUAAGCAAUAAUUAGGUAUGGAAAUUUAAGGGUGCUGAUCACCAAAAUCUUCUUAGCAAUGACAUAAUUUUUUUCAAGAAAUUAAGAACCUAUUAAGAACCCAAUAGCCUAAAUUUAUGUUAACCACCAUUUAUGUAAGAACCUGUUUAGGCUAACCCUGGAAAAUGUAGGUUCUUACUCAUGGGUUUUUACUGUAUCCUCGUGACAUAGCCCCUUUAAACCCAUUUCAGGAUAGAUAUUUCCUAUGAAGUGUAGAG